AUGGCACAUUGGGGGAAGAUUUUGCUAAUGCUUCAAUUUUGGUUUGCGAUGUCAUUCGCAGAAAAUAAGGAAACUCCAAGCUAUAUUUCGGACGGUACUACUUUCCCUUCACUCAUUCCGGAAAGUGAUUCUCAGGACGAUAGUACUUUAUCUUCACUCAUUCCGGAAAGUGAUUCUCAGGACGACAGUUACGAUUUUUCAACACAGGUUUAUGAGUGGUACCCUGAGGCUACUACUGAUAAGGUUUAUGAGUGGUACCCUGAGGCUACUACUGAUAAGUCCGGAACAAUACAUUGA